AUGCUUGUCAAACAAUUCCUCGUCGCUGCCCUCUUCACCAUGGGCUCUGUCACUGCCCUUCCCGAGGCCGACCCAGGCAAUGCCAUGGCCAGCGACCGCAGAUGCAACAACGACAGAUGGGCUUACUGGGACGACAAGCACAGGGGAUGCUCCUGCCGCAGCCCGGCCUUUCGCCUUCGGCAACAUAUGAAGAGGAACAGCACGCUUCAUGAGUUCAUGGGUAUCGCGUUCGCAUCGGGAUGGUCUGUGUUUAGCAUCGCGUUGAAGUUGUAUAAUAGGAGGCACAACGCCGACUAG